CGCACGGACGGGCAGCAGCUAGAGGACUGCUGGACCGGUAGCCUGGGGAUCUUAGGAAAGCCAUGAGGCACAGUGUUGCAAAGCUCGUCUCGUGGCUUCUGGGGCUGUGGUUGUUGCUGUGCAGCUGGGGGCGACCCGGGAGCGCUGAUCUUCGGGCCCCGCCGAAUAAGAUCGCCAUAAUUGGAGCUGGAAUUGGUGGCACUUCAGCUGCCUAUAUUCUUCGCCAGAAAUUUGGGAAAGAUGUGAAGAUUGACGUCUUUGAAAGAGAAGAGGUGGGGGGACGUCUGGCCACUAUGAUGGUGCAGGGGCAAGAAUAUGAGGCAGGAGGUUCUAUCAUCCAUCCUUUAAAUCUGCACAUGAAGCGUUUUGUCAAAGACCUGGGUCUCUCUGCUCUUCAGGUCUCUGGUGGCCUCGUGGGAGUGUAUGAUGGAGAAACUCUAGUGUUUGAGGAGAGCAACUGGUUCAUAAUUAACAUGAUCAAACUAAUUUGGCAUUACGGAUUUCAGCCCCUCCGAAUGCACAUGUGGGUAGAGGACUUGUUAGGCAAGUUUAUGAGGAUCUACCGCUACCAAUCUCACGACUAUGCCUUCAGUAGUGUAGAAAAAUUACUACAUGCUGUAGGAGGGGAUGACUUCCUUGGACUGCUUAACAGAACACUUCUUGAAACCUUGCAGAAAGCAGGCUUCUCUGCGAAAUUCCUCAACGAAGUGGUUGCUCCUGUUAUGAGGGUCAAUUAUGGCCAAAGCAUGGGCAUUAAUACUUUUGUAGGGGCAGUAUCACUGUCUGCUUCUGAUUCUGGCCUUUGGGCCGUAGAAGGUGGCAAUAAGCUUGUUUGCUCAGGCCUCCUUCAGGCUUCCAAAAGCAAUCUUAUACCUGGCUCAGUAAUGUACAUAGAGGAGAAAACAAGGACCAAGCAGAAAGGAAAUCCCACAAAGAUGUAUGAAGUGGUCUAUCAAACUGGAUCUGAGACUCAUUCAGACUUCUAUGAUAUCGUCUUGGUAGCCACUCCAUUGAAUCGAAAAAUGUCCAAUAUUACUUUUCUCAACUUUGAUCCUCCAAUUCAGGAAUUCCAUCAAUACUAUGAACAUAUAGUGGCGACUUUAGUUAAGGGGGAAUUGAAUUCUUCUAUUUUUAGUUCUAGAGCUUUAGAUAACUUUGGCCUUAGUACAAUUUUAACCACUGAUAAUUCAGAUUUGUUCAUUAAUAGUCUUGGGAUCAUGUCCUCUAUAAGGAAAAUGGAAAGUCCUCAACCAUCAACAGAUGGAACAUAUGUUUGGAAGAUGUUUUCCCCAGAAACUCUUACUAAAGCACAAAUUUUAAAGCUCUUUUUGUCCUAUGAUUAUGCUGUGAAGAAGCUAUGGCUUGCAUAUCCUCACUAUGAGCCUCCCCAGAAAUGUCCUUCCAUCAUACUUCAUGAUCGACUUUAUUACACCAGUGGCAUAGAGUGUGCAGCAAGUGCCAUGGAAAUGAGUGCCAUCGCAGGCUACAAUGCUGCGCUACUUGCCUAUCACCGCUGGAAUGAAAACACAGACAUGAUUGACCAGGAUGGUUUAUAUGAGAAACUUAAGACUGAACUAUAAAAUAACACUCUCUUUCUUACCCCCUCCUAGUUCCAAAUGAGUAUCACUAGCAAAAAAGUACAGAGUCUGAGCAGAGAUAAUUUUGAAUUGAAUAUUUUGCUAUUAUCAUUGUUUAACAAAAGUCAUCUCUGCAGGUCAUAAGAAAUCACAAGGUUCUAACUAAGUGUGAAGAUAUAACUGUUGCAUUUUUGCCAUCUCCAAAAUUUCUCAAGUUUUCUUUCAAUGUCCAUUAGCAGUGUUGCUCAACUUGUUUCACCCUAAGAAUCACCUGGAGUUUGUUAAACAUAUGGAUUCUCGGGCAGUGCCUGUGGCUUAGUGAGUAGGCCGCUAGCCCCAUAUACUGAGGGUGGGAGGUUCAAACCCGGCCUCCGCCAAACUGCAACAACAACAAAAAAAUAGCCGGGUGUUGUCAGGCACCUGUGAUCUCAGCUACUUGGGAGGCUGAGGCAAGAGAAUCACCUGAGCCCAAGAGCUGGAGGUUGCUGUGAGCUGUGAUACUACAGCACUCUACCGAGGGCAACAAAGUGAGACUGUCUCAAAAGAAAAAAAAAGGGCAGGGCCCUGGAUUUUGAUCAAAAACAUGUAACACUUUAAGUCGAGCAAUUGAGAUCUUAAAGACAUUUUAUUUGGGGACUAGUCCAUUUGAGCUUUACAUCUGGACGUGAUCAUCAAUCAGAUAAAACUAAUAGGGGAUAUGGUGUAUUUAUGCCUGGCUCUUAGUAAUUUUAUACCUUGUUCUGCAGUAAAUGUGCCCAUGCCUAAAGCCUUGACUUUCAGAAUGUUGUCUUUUGAUUGCCUCUGUUUUGAUUUUAUUAGGGGUAAAAUUUUAUGCCUUAGUGGUUUAACUUUUAAGAUGUCAUACAAAAAUCUCAAGUUAAUGGAAAGCAAAUAUGGGCUUGGUGCUUAUAGCUCAGUGGUUAGGGUGGGGUCACAUACACCGGGGCUGGUGGGUUUGAACCUGACCCGGGCCUGCUAAAAACAAUAACAACUACAACAACAACAAAAUAGCCAGGCAUGUGGCAGGCACCUGUAGUCCUAGCUACUUGGGAGGCUGAGGCAAGAGAAUCGUGUAAGCCCGAGAGUUUGCGGUUGCUGUGAGCUGUGACGCCACAGCACUCUACUGAGGGUAACAUAGUGAGACUCUAUCUCAAAAAAAAAAAAAAAAGCAAAUGUGGGUUAUUACAUUAGAAAUUGGCAUUCUAUUACUUCUCCACUUAAGGAGUUCUUAAAAAUACUAAGAGACCCCCACAACCAGAGAUUCUGUUUAAUGGAUUGAGGAUAGAACAUUGGCAGUAUAACUUUAAAAAUUCCCAGUGUGUGGUCAGGGUUGAGAACCACUGAUGUGGGGGCAAAAGAUGUCUACAGAGGGUUUUUAGUACCUUCAAAGCGGAUCUGUUUUGCAAGGAAUGAUUUGACUCAGUGAGAACUUUAGUAGUACUGUUGAUAUUAAGAAGCACUGACAGUCUUUUUUUUUCUUUUGUAGAGACAGAGUCUCACUUUAUGGCCCUCAGUAGAGUGCCGUGGCAUCACACAGCUCACAGCAACCUCCAGCUCCUGGGCUUAAGCGAUUCUCUUGCCUCAGCCUCCCGAGUAGCUGGGACUACAGGCGCCCGCCACAACGCCCAGCUAUUUUUUUGAUUGCAGUUCAGCCGGGGCGGGGUUUGAACCCGCCACCCUCGGUAUAUGGGGCCGGCGCCCUACUCACUGAGCCACAGGUGCCGCCCAGCACUGACAGUCUUAACAGCAGAGGCAACUUAGGUAACUCCAGAGCAGUUACCACUAAAGCAAGAUGUUCUUAGAAUGACACCAGGUUGGCCAAAUCUAGCCUGUGUUCAAAGUAUUAAAUAUUUCGGUUACUGUAGCAUUCUGGUUGAGAAACUGGUUGCUGAAAUCUAUAGACAGUGGCUUUUAAUCUCGGCUACACAUUGGAAUUGCCUAUAGGGCUGUAAAGCAUCUCAAAUUGUAAUACGCAGCCUAAACUUGAGAAGCAGUUCUACGCCUGCUGUACAAAGAUCAUGAUCGGGUAUCAUAAGCACUGGUAGAACAGAAAAGUAAACACUUAAGAAUUCUAAUAAUAACUACAAGCAAGUUUAACACGUAUUAAAGAGAAAGUUCUUCCCCAGAUUUUGGCAUAGCUACUUUAGCAAAAUGGUGGUGAAAAGAACAUUGAUUUUUAAUAAAAAUAAUUUCCCUAUUAUAGUUUUGACUAUUAAUAUGCUGAUAAAACUGCCAAGAUACAUUUGAUAUAGAGGCAGGGAUUAAACUCAUAGUUUGUCAAAGGUCAGCUUUUUUGUAAUUUCAUUCUGAACAUAUGUUAGGAGGCAUUCAUAUUUUUUUCCUCUUAUGGUCUUAAUGAAGACAAUUUGUGGAGAAUGUCAUGUUACAUAUUUUUCCUCUUGUGGUCUUAAUGAAGACAAUUUGUGGAGAAUGUAAUGUUACAUAUAUGCUAAAUAUUGGUACAUACUAAUGAAAUAAGUUAAUUUCUAUACUUUGUAAACUUGUUUUGCAAUGAAUUUUAUUUUUACUUUUUUUUUUUGCAGUUUUUGGCUGGGGCUGGGUUUGAACCCACUACCUCCAGCCUAUGGGUCUGGCACCCUACUCCUUUGAGCCACAGGUGCCGCCCCAUAGUUUUACUUUUAAGAAUACCAAUUUAAAAUGUUGCUGGUAUUAUUGCUUUCUCAAAACCAAAACAGGUUAUCAAUAUAUCAGGCAUAUUAGGUAAUUUUAAUGCACCUACAGUAUUAAAAGACUAGUGAGAGAAAAAUUCUAUCAGAUCUUGCUGCUCCAGGCUUAUUAGUUUUAAUGUAAUCAUAGUAUUAAAGAAUAAUUUUAUGGGAAGAAAAAGUAGUGUUAGGGCUUAUUACUCUAGGAGACCACUCUAGUACUCUAAUUUUUACAGAUAAACUGGUAAAAAUGAUGCAGGUUCUGAGUGAAAGUCGGCUCUCUCCAGUGGUUGAGCAUGCAUCAGAAAUUACCUGGAGGGCUUAUUAAAACAUUGCUGGCCCCCGACCCUCAGAAUUUAUUUAUUCAACAGGUUAAUAGUCUGACAAAAAAUUUACAUUUUUUUAAAAGUUCUCUGGUGAAACUACUGUUUUAGGAACCAUACUUGGAGAACUUGUUCUACAAUUCAGCUCAAUGUUGCUGUGAAAAAGUGCUGGUAAGAUUUACAAGGAGCUGAUGAAGAAAUGAAGAAUAAAAUGUGUGGACUUCACAUCAACUCUAGUUAGUGUGAUUUAGCUUGGUCUCUCUAGCUGUUCUUUUGUUGUAAACAUUUUCUAUAAAUAGGAAAUACCAUUUUAGAGAGAUACAAAAGCCAUUUACUGUGUUCUGUGCUUUACAAGAACCUUGUACGCAACUUAUAAUGUAUAUUCCAUUCUAUACAUUUUAAAGUAAUUCAAGAUUUGCAAGACUUUUACUAGAUCACAAAAAGAAUAGGCCUUAAGCAUUUGCGAUAGGGUUUUUAAGAUUAGGUUUGUAAUACAGCCAUCUGUAAUAUAUCUCUCAUCUGAGCUUGUAGGCUAUAAAAUGCAUCAACUAAAUGAAUAUAUUGUGGACACUACUGUUUCUCUACUCAAAAAAAAAAAAUACACUAGAAUGUUUUUUCUCUGGAAUUCAGUUUCUACUAUUGUAUUCAAUUUUUUCCCCAGUUAAUGAUUCUCUUCAAAAUAAACAACUAUAUCAAUACUUGCC